UGUUUCAAGUGUUACAGUUGCUGCUAAAAAUGUCGGCACAUUGCACAUCUUUCCUCACGGACGAGAAAUACAACGAUUACGUUUGUUCCUUCGCAGAAUAUGGUCAGUCCUUCUUGGCUCACCCGCAUGUUUGGGUUCGAUUAGCAGCCACACAAUUAGUUGGCUUUAUCUUGGCAGCUCUUGACGUCGACAGAGUCGUGAAACUUUUAAAUAAUCCGGAGAAUGACGACUCGCAAACGGGUUACAUGUAUUCGAAGCCCGUUGAUACUUUAAGGAGCUUGACUCUGGAUUUGGUGGCGCAAAUCCAUCCUGACAUGACAUUCGAACAGUUAGCGGAUCAAGUUGUAAAAAAUUUGAUCUUCAUCGCGAAAAUGCUCAAGUCGAUCAAUAAAUUGGAUGUUGGAAAUAACGAACAAAAUGACGAAAGCAACAGGAAAAUAAAUAAUAAUUUGUCUCUUCCUUGGCUAGUCAGGAAAUUGAGAAGAGCUGUCAAUGUAGAAAUAACACAAGCUCCCAAAUCAACGUCUGUG